GAAUAUUUUGUCAAAUAUUAUUCCUAUCUAUUGUUCAAAACAAAUGAAUCUAUUAAUUUUUAAAACAAAUCUAUAUUAUAAUUAUUAAAAGCAAAAAUGUUGCUAGAUGAACAAGUCAUUUCCGGAGAGCAACAGCUAAAACAAUUUGCCGCAUUUCUUAAAGUGCAUCAAGAUGCAUUGAACGAUAUUAAUUCAAAGUCUCAAAUCAUUCAAACUGAUGACCGGAAUGAUAAGAGAAAUUGUUCGAUUUUGACAAGCAGCGAAAAGAAUUCACUUCAAUUACAAUCGAAUUCAUCAGUUGGCAUUCAUUUUUCAUAUGCGGCCGAAUCAAUUUCAACCAUCGAACUCAUACAAUCCGAUAAUAAAUGUUUGAACAAAACAAUUGCGGUGUUCGUUCAACUAUGCAUGGAAGUGCGGGAGCUGUGCAAAGAAGGUAAUCCAUUGAUGGUCAAAUGUUUAUUUGCCAACGAAGAAUUGUAUGAGUAUUUGCAAAAAAACGGUGAAAAUGAUUAUAUCGAAACAUCUGUUGGCCACAAAGAGUUUGCAAAAAUCGAUGAAAUUUCUUUAUCGGCUGAGAUUAUAACGAAAAUAAACAGUGUAUUGGGUGUACUACUUCAGGCACAACAGUUCAUUGAACGUUGCUUCAUUGUCAUUUUGGAAAUAAUUAAACAAUUUACAGCGUUAUUUGAUGUCAAUUCAAGCACCUACAUUAACGUUGACUAUUCUUCAUUGCAUUUUCAAACGGUGUUCAAUUAUUUAGCCGAAACGAUCGUUCUGAUAAUUAAAUUCGAUAGCAUCUUUCAAGCAAGUUCACUAUUGAAUUUUUGGCCACAGUAUAUGAAUGCAAUUAAAUUAGCCGAACAAAAUAUAAAUAUGAUGUCAUCGUCACCAAAUAAUGUCAAACAUAGAUUCAGUGAUAUAAGCGGUUUGAAGAAUGUGCUAUCGAAAAUCGAUUAUCUACUGUCUGGCCACUUUGCAUUCCAGAAUUUGAUCGACAGCAUAUCCAGUUAUCAAGAAAAGCAUCAAACAACGACACAAGCAUUCGCAAAAUUUAGCAUUCAGUUUAAUUCAUAUUUGAGAAAUUCAUUGAAUGUAUUGCAACGGGCAGUAAAUAAUGCAUCGAAUCAAAGUCGAAAUACAUCAAAUUUAUUCAUGUGGAAUACAUUCAGUGCUGAUGAUAUAUCGAAUGAGACAUUGUUGGGCGUAAUCGAUGACACCGCACUAGAUAUAUCAAAUUUAGUCGUGAAAAUGAACGUAAUGUGCAUUUUAUAUCAUCAUUUAUUUGGAAAUCUUGACCAGAAACUAUUCGCCGCUGUCAUUGAAAGCAACACAAAGUUUCCAUGUGUUCUCUUGAUGGAUAAUGUGGUGUGGUCGCCCGAAUUGUUUUUAAGUACAUUUGCAUCGACAUUGCUUGCUAAACUUCGCGGUGGAAGUGAAAAAAUGUCCUCAGCCAAUUUAUUACGGACCCAACAACAAUGGCUGCAAAUGAUGUGCCAACGAUUAUCAAAAGAUAUGCAAUAUCAUAUAGUUCAGACCGUGCAAUGGACAAUAAACUGUCGUAAUGAAUUUUGCUUUGAUGGUGGCAUAAAAAAUUCAAGCCAAACGUCAUCAAAUCUGGACGUAAAAAUAUCCGAUUUGAAUCGAAAAACAUUAUUAAUUUUACAGGGAAUCGAUUUUAUGGAAAAGUAUAAAAGUGUAAUCAAUACAAUCACUCAUUUUCACGUGCAUAUAAAAUGUGCAAUGACAAAACAAACCAUCCUAUCCGUUUGUAAACUAAUGGAACUGAUGAAAUUGGUGAAAAUUACAUUGAAAACUUAUUCAACUGAAAUAUUCAACACAACUUUGAAUUUAUCACAAUAUCAACUUUAUCAAGCACUACAUGUGAUAACAAUUGCUAAGAACAAUUUCCAAGCGACGUGCUCAGCAAACUCUUUGGUGUAUAAUGAAAGAAACAUAGACAUUUUGUCUGCUUUGGAGCUAUCUCAAUCAGUUUUGAUUGGUUCGCCAAAUAUAAAGCGAAUUCUUGUGGCUCGAUUGGCUUUAACAAUGGCUGAUCCAAAAGAAGUCUUUCAAACUGAACAGCUGAAUAAAAUUUGCCGACUAUUUGUGUCAUUGGAACGCCUUAUUCAGUUAUCGGAUAUUCUUCAAGACUUAUCAUCUGAAUCGUAUAUGAUGAGUUUUCAGGAUGCGAUCCUUCCAAUAUACUCUCGUUACGUGAUCGAUGUCAAUGAAGCUGCAGAUUGCGAGAAAUUGCAGUAUUUAUUCGGUUCAAUGGUGGAAUGUUAUUUUGAUUUGAUGUCAGGAGCGUCGAGUAAUCAUUUUAAAAGUCCCAUCAAACUGGCAAAAGAUACAAGUAAAAUCGUAAAUGAAUAUGUGAUUGCAAGACUGUGUGGUUUUAUUGAGACAACACUUCGAUUGGAUGUGCAUACCAGCAUGCAAUUACUUCAAGUCGAAAACAUUGAUCCAUUUAAUGCAACCACUUCAAGUGACACACAACAUAUUCCAGUCGGUUAUGUGUAUCGAUUGUUGGCUUUAAAAUUGAUUCCAGUGCUGCGAACGCAUUCCAAAGAGCCAUUUACAAAAAGCCGAUAUUUAAGCAUUAGAGACCACGUUAAUAAGUAUUUGAGCCAAAUGUUUUACAAUUUAACAACGAUAUCAAUGCAUGAUUGGCGCACUUAUUUGGAAAUGCGAAUUUUGGCAAAACAAAAAUUCAAUCUGGAAUCGGUGGAAAAUCAUUUACCAAUACAAACGCUCGAACAAGGAUUGGAUGUCUUGGAAAUUAUGCGAAAUAUUCAUUUAUUUGUUUCAAAUUAUUUAUAUAAUUUGAAUAAUCAGAUUUUCAUUGAGAAAAAUAGCAAAAAUAAACAUUUGAAUACCAUCAAUAUUCGGCAUAUUGCAAACUCGUUGCGAACGCACGGCAUUGGUAUUAUAAACACAACGGUUAACUUUACAUAUCAAUUUCUUCAUAAAAAAUUCUACAUUUUUUCACAAUUCUUGCACAAUGAACACAUUCAGUCGCGACUGAUAAAAGAUCUUAAAUUGUUUCGUGAGGCAAAUACAGAAAAAUCCGAAGAUCAACAAAUAUACAGCUAUGAACGUGCCAAUAGCUUGAAUCGGAGCAUUCGACAGCUUGGUGUAUCGAAAAAUGGACACAGCUCAUUAGAUUUAUUUCGUCAACUGAUUACGCAUAUCGGAAAUGCCAUGGGAUAUAUACGAAUGAUGCGAUCAGGUGGAAUUCAUUGUUGUUCAAAUGCAAGUGUUUAUUUGGCGAUUGCCCAUGACGAAUUGGGAUUGGAUGAUAUAGGUGGAAAGGAUAUAACCAAAAAUUCUGCCGAAAAUCUUGUAAAUGAGGUGGCACAUUUGCACCACAACUACGCUGAAUCAACCACCGAAUACUUUCAUCUACUUGUCGAUGCAUUUUCAUCAUUUUUCCGCAACGAUAAAAAUCCACACAUGAAAUUAUUCUAUUUAAUUGUGCCGGCAUUGAUUUUAAACUAUAUCGAGUAUAUCGUGACGGCCAAGGAGAAUAUGAACAAAAAAUCACGUGAACAGAGUACAUGUUUUACGGAUGAUGGAUUUGCAAUGGGAUUGGCAUAUGUGUUAAAACUUCUUGAUCAAAAUACGGACUUUAAUUCGUUGCACUGGUUCAAAGCGGUUCGUCAAAAAUUUACCAGCGAAAUAGAGCAAUUGGCCAAAGUACGUGAAGAAAAUAGCUAUAAUAGUCAAGAUGCAAAACUUCAACAAACACUUGCUCUGAGUGAAAAGCGUAUUAAUGUCAUUCAACACGAGUUUGACUCAUUCUAUUGCAGUUUAAACAGCGCAAAAAUAUUCUUUCAAUAAUAAAUGACCAAAUAAUAAAAUGAAAUGAUUGAAAA